AUGUCUGCUAAAACGUUUGUAUGGUGUUGUGAUUUUAGCAGUAUAAACUCGGCGUUCGAUGAGCUGCGAGUGCACGUGCCUACAUUCCCGUACGAGAAACGGCUCAGCAAAAUUGACACGCUUCGGUUGGCCAUCGCAUACAUCGCCCUGCUAAGGGAGGUCUUAGAUGCUGACUACGAUCCACUUACGUAUGUGGAGAAAUGUCUCCGAGGUGAAAUCAAAGCUGAUCGUGCACACUGGAAUACAAGUGAUCUCACUGCGCGACUAUCUUGGAUAAACUGGGAAAAUCUCGGCGUGAACCCUCAACGCCGAAGUGUCUUGACGUCCCUUGCACUGAGCUCGGAGAAUUUACAGUACACGCACAAUUAA